GGCAAAAAGCGCCAACUAAUGGGCCUGCCGGCUGUCCCUCCACAAGGAGAGAAGUACAAUGCGGACAAACUCUUGUUGGAGGUGAAGGAGGCGUUUGGUCAUCAUGACUAUUCAUAGAAGGGCAUGGCUGGACAGGAUACCGCAAAUGCUGGUGGGGAGUUGGAGGUCAACCCCACAGAAGGAGAUGGUGUGCCCGAUAUGGGACCGGAGGUGGACGUGAUGACAGGAACUGUAGGAGAGGAACCGGCGGAUGAUUGGAUGGACGACACUCUUGCCCAGUUGCAUGAACCUAGCCGCCGGCACCUGCUUCCAGAGCCGGCAUUCGCACGGAUACGAAAAGAGACGCGUCUACUGUCAGAGGAUGAGGAGGAGUAUGAGAGUGAGGGUAGUAGCCCGGAGUGCACCCAGCAAGAGGGUGAGGUUGACACAGGGGAGGGGGAGGAGAGUGAGUCCGAAUUGUCUGAGGAGGAAUUGGAUGAGAAGACGGUGGGUGGAAGUGGAAAGCAGCGGAGUGUGCAACAGCACCCUAAGCGCCCAAGUGGUAACAGGCCUGUGGUGAUGGAGCAGUCUGCCAGGGGACAGCCGGCAAAGAGGGUAAAGGCUUCUACCUCUGCUCCAGAGUUAGUGGAUACUGGCGCGUACGGCCUGUGUGUCGAAGGAGCUAAGACCCCCAGCAGGGGCAGAAGCAGGGGGCGAGGCAGCCAGGAGCAAGGGAAAGGGCUUGGAGCAAAGCCCCCCAGGGGCAGGGGCAGGGGCAGGGGCAGGGGCAGGGGCUAG